AUGAGGCAUGUUGUGAUUGGUGGCGGCAUCGGCGGCGUCUGCUGUGUGGAGGAGCUCUGCCGCCUGGUGCCGCAAGAUGUUGUGACAUUGGUGACCGCCUCCCCGGCCCUAAAGGGCGUCUCUGGAGUGGUGCGGCUUUCCAAGUACGUGGAGGAGUUCAAAGUGGUGGAAAGGCGUGCGGAGUCUAUGGUGCGCCGCAACCUGCGCAUCGUCCGCGGCCGCGUGGUCGGCCUUGAUUUGGCAGCCAGGACAGUCAGCCUGGCUGUAACGCACCAAGGCCCCACCACCCAGCAGCAGCAACAGCAGCAGCGGCAACAGCAGCAGCAGCAGUCUGGAACAGAGGAGGCCGAGGAGCUCCUGCCCUACGAUACCCUCUGCAUCUGCGCCGGCGCACGGCCAAAGGUGCUGGCGCACCACGACCGGGUGGUCACGCUGCGCGACACCGAGUCAAUGCAGGACUUCGCGCACCGGCUGGCGGGCUCGCGGCGCGUGGUGGUGGUGGGCAACGGCGGCAUCGCCCUGGAGCUUGUCGGCUCGGUUCGCGGCGUCGAGGUCAUCUGGGUGAUACGGCACAGCCACAUCGCGGACGCGUUCUUUGACGUCGACGCGGCCGAGUUCCUGCUGGGGGAGAUGCAGUGGCGGCAAGAGCAGGAGAAGGCGCAGCAGGAGCAAGAGCAGGCUGAUGGGGGCGUGCAGACGCAGGAUCGGGACAAGUCACAGAAAAGCAUGACGCGUCAGCAGCAGCAGCAGCAGCAGCAGCAGGAGGAGGUUUGGCAGCAGCACGGCGCACCCGACCAGCGGCAGCAGAAGGCGCAAGGACGGCAGGAGUUGGGGGCCGCGCUCGGCCCUAAAUGGACAGAGGCACUGCCCAAGGGGCCGCCUGCCAAUGUGAAGCUGGAGAGAAGCGCACAGGUGAGCAGGCAGUCGUCGGACUGA